UGUGACGCCGCGGGUUUUUAUAUCUGCUUCAAUCGCCAUGGCAUUGAUUUCUAGACCCAUUUCUAGACCCAUUGCGAGGCCUCGCCUACAUUUACAGCUGCUGUGCAGGGCGUCGUCGGCUUCUCGACGCUACCUUACGAAUAACGGCUUCUUCAAAGUCUCGGAGGAGGUACGUGACGCCAUACAUUCGAAGAAGCCUGUCGUAGCUCUGGAGACAACGAUAUAUACUCAUGGAUUCCCAUACCCAGAUAACGUGGCACUUGCCACUUUCCUCGAAUCCGUAGUCCGAGUCAAUGGCGGCAUCCCCGCCACUAUCGGGAUCUUAGACGGUGUCGCUCGCAUCGGCAUGAGUCCUGAGGAGCUCACUCGUCUUACCGAAUCCGCAGGUCACGAGAACACAUUGAAGUUAUCACGAAGAGAUCUAGGCUAUGUCUGCGGCUUAAGAUUAGCUGGUAAGCAAUUCAAUGGCGGCACUACCAUUGCCGGGACAAUGCUUCUCGCAUAUCUCGCCGGCAUAAAAGUGUUUGGUACUGGGGGACUGGGUGGAGUCCACCGAGGUGCAGAGAGUAGUAUGGAUAUCUCUGCGGAUUUGACCGAGCUAGGAAGAACGCCUGUUGCUGUUGUGAGCAGCGGCUGCAAGAGCUUUCUUGAUAUCCCUCGGACGCUCGAAUUCCUAGAGACCGAGGGGGUGGGAGUCAGUACUUUUGCGGACGGCCGACAAGGACAUGUGGAUUUCCCGGCUUUCUGGUCGAGGGAUAGUGGGGUUAAGAGUCCGACGGUGAUUAACAACGAGAUUGAAGCUGCUGCAAUUAUCCAUGCGCAAAACUCGCUUCAGAUAUCGUCUGGCCUGCUGUUCGCGAACCCCUGCCCAGCCGAAUCAGCAAUCCCGAAGGACGCCAUGGACUCCAUAAUCGAAGAAGCCAUUCGACAAGCCGAUGCCUCGGGUGCCUCAGGCAAAGACAACACCCCAUUUAUCCUGAGCAAGAUCAAAGAACUCAGCGGCGGCAAGAGCAUACCCGCGAACAGAGCGCUCAUCGAAUCAAACGUCAGGAGAGCUACCAUCGUAGCCAGGGAGCUUGCUGUAUUAGAAGCAAAGCAGGACCAAGCCCAAGGCCGUGGCUAUGCAUACUUCACUCCUGAUCAGUCGAGCACUGUCUCUUCCUUAGAAGCUACUUCUAUAACCGCACCUUCAUCUCCUCCACAGACUGCCUUAAGCACCGCCCCAGCGUCACCAGUCGAGAUCAUUGUGGCUGGAGCCCUUGCCGUCGACUUUUCUUGUGAUUACACUCCACUUUCGAGCUCCACCGUCCCAAUAGAUCCACAGCCUCACACUUCCAAUCCAGCAGUCAUCACUCAAACUCUCGGCGGAGUAGCACACAACAUUGCCAAAGCAGUACAUUUAAUAGGCUUCCCCGUGCGUCUUUGCAGCGCUAUUGGAAAUGAUCUGAGUGGAAGAGCUGCUCUGAGCCAACUGCAGGCUGAAGGCAUGCUUGCCGAUGGUAUCAAAGUCCUGGCGCCUCCCAGCCGGACUGCCCAGUACGUGGCAGUCAACAAUGCUCAUAAGGAACUCACUCUUGCCAUGGCCGACAUGAGCAUCUUGGAGGCAAGCACUUCUGAAAUUGUUGAGAAGGCGUGGCUAUCGUCUCCCACCAAUGCUAAACCGAAAUGCCUCAUUGUCGAUGCAAAUUGGACCACAGAAACGCUCCACACCUGGCUCCGGUAUGGGAAAUCUAUUGACGCUCUUACAGUGUUUGAGCCUGUCUCUACUGCUAAGGCCUCCCGUCUCUUCUGCACUCCUUCGGAUUCCCAUCCUUCUGCCGUCUAUCCCAACCACCUCGUCGACCUCUCAACCCCGAACUUUCACGAACUUACAGCUCUUCAUGAUACGGCUCAUCGCCUAGACCUCUUCAAUCUCCCAGCGUGGUUUCGCACCAUCGAUGCUCUUGGGAUACCUUCUACUGGCCUACGUAUUGCCUUAUCGGUUACGACGUCGCCGGAGCUCGUGGAUCAGGGGAUCCCGCAACAAAGCAUUAAGCUCCUCCCGUUUAUACCUACGAUUCUUACAAAACUAGGACCGAAAGGUGUUCUUUUGACGAAACUUAUAAAAGCGAAUGAUCCGGCUCUUAGUUCGCCUGAUGAAGCACAAUAUGUGCUUUCACGAGGCAUGAGCGGGGACUCCGAAGUAGGCGGCCUUUACGUCCGCUUAUUCCCUCCAGAGAAGAUCCUAGGGCCUGGCGAAGUCGUCAGUGUGAACGGCAUUGGUGACACAUUCCUCGGCGUUCUAUCUGCUGGAUUGGUCAGGGGAAAGAAAGUUGAGAAAAUGGUGCCGCUAGCGCAGCGAGCGGCCGUGUUGAGUCUGAAGAGUCAAGAGAGCGUGAGUCCCGAUUUGAAGACGUUGAGGAGCGAGAUUGGGGGGUUGUGAAGGCCUCGUCACACUGUUGAGCCGACUUGACGCGGACUUGCAUGAUGGAGAUCUCGGUGGGUGACUCGGUCCGCUUUUUCAUCAUCUUUGCACCAGAUCAGCAAAGUAGUGGCGCAAUCUCUUCAGCUGGAAUUGGCGAGAAGGUCAGCGGGGGUGGGCGUAAUUGACGAGGGUGUAGCAAACAGAUCUCCUAGUGUAAGGUUGAUUUGUGUGACUGAGUGAUUAAGCGGUGAGUAGCGUUGGUGUUCGAGGUAGGUCUGGCGUUUGCUUAUAAGCACGCUGGGGAUCUUUUCGAAUGUUAAAAGAGGACUUAUAGUGCAUUCGUCACCGCAUCAUUCAUUGCCCUGUUG